AUGGCAAAGCCUUUAGAUAUCACAGUUAUCUUAGAUUAUAUGAAAUUCAUACUGGAGAAAAGCCCCAUGAAUGUAAACAGUGUGGCAUAUUUAGGUGUCACAACUCAUAGAGGAGAGAACUUCUAUGAGUGUAAACAGAGUGGUAAGGCCUUUGAACAAAUCACUUCCCUUCAGUUACAUGAAAAAAUUCAUACUGGAGAAAAGCUUUAUGAAUGUAAGUGUGUCAGUUACAACAAAAAACACAUUGAAGAAAAAACAGUUUAUAAAUGUGAACAGUGCAGUAAAACCUUUCUGUGGCAUAGUAAAGUUACAAAUCAUGAAAGGAUUCAUACUGGAAAAAAACCCUAUCAAUGUAAACAAUGUGGGAGAGCCUUUAGAUAUAGAAGUCACCUUCAAAGAUGUGAAAGAACUCAAGCUAAAGAGAAGCCCUAUGAAUGUAAACAGUGUGGGAAAGCUUUUAUCGAAAAACACUUCAGUUACACAAAAAAUUUACACUGA